GCCUCAACAAGAAGCUGAUUCCUUGAUCAUCCUUCAAGCUUUGGAAGAGAGCGAUAAAGUAUACUCAGAAUGGCUUCACAAAUUCCAGUAUCAGCUCCUCCCUCUGGGGGCACAGAUACAGACGGCGCGAUCAAGACGUACACCAUGGAACAGCUCAAGGAGCAUGGCAGUAAAGAGAGUUUAUGGAUGUUGUUACAUGACAAAGUGUAUGAUGUGACUCGCUUCAUGGAUGAGCACCCAGGAGGAGACGAAGUCAUGUUAGAAGAAGCAGGAAGAGAUGCAACUGAAGCUUUUGAAGAUGUUGGUCAUUCGGAUGAAGCGAGAUCAAUGUUACCAAAGAUGCUCUUAGGUGAUUUCCAAGGACAGAAAACUUCAAAGAAGAAAACGGAUCCGUACCCCACAGCAGCUAAGACUAUCCAAAGUGAGAAAUCAAAAAUCACCUGGUUGAUUCCCGUAGCUGUCGUCGGUGCUUAUCUCGCUUGGCGGGUGUUUUUAGCUUGAGUGGUGGUCGUAGCAUGUUUGAUAGCAAGGUUCAGUUCAUAGAUAAUUUCACGUCGCGUCAUGCAUCUAGUAUCUAUCGC